ACCACGGCGCGAUCGAACCCCUCCCAGUUACUCCCGUGGCUUUUGCCACGAACAUAAGGCAACAAUCUCCGAAAUAUGUGAGAGCUCACGUGAAAUAACGAGCGAGAGCGUCAUAUCAAGUGUUUAAAUGAUUCCCCGAAGAUGUGAGAGUCACGGAUGCGGCGAUCGAUGAGUGUUUCUGUCGCAGGCUCAAACAGACGAUGAGAGUUGACGAGACCCACAGCUCUUGGUGAUGACGCAGUCCCGUUAUGGGGCUCUCGUGAACGGCCCGGGUGUCGAGUAUGUUGACUGCCUGUCAGCAUGACGCCGUUGGACCUUUGGCUUUCCCGCUCCAUCCCCAUGUGUCUGCUGUUGCAGAGCCUGGUGCUCAUAGUCCUGUGCUUUCCGUCUGCCAGCACCUGUCCCAAGGGUUGCACCUGCCAGCGCUCCGAAAGCCCUCCGCACGGCCUCAACGUCACCUGUAGUCUGUCACGCUUGAAGGAGAUCCCACCUGACGUCCCGCCGGACACCCAGCUGCUGCAGCUGGACCGAAACCACAUAUCUCUAGUGCCCGAUCGCAUAUUUCAUGGCUUGAGGAUGCUUCGGAGGCUCAAUCUCUCCCAUAAUGCUGUGGAAACCCUCGGGGAGGGGGCGUUCGUCGGAUUGGAGGGCUCUCUGGAAGUGCUGGACCUUUCCCACAACCGGAUCACUAGCGUGCACAAGGACGCGUUCGCACGGCUGAAGGCACGUGUGAUGGUGGACAACAACCCUUGGCAUUGUGACUGCGCCUUGCAGCAGGCGCUGGGUGGCAUGGCCCACAACCAUGAGGCCGCCACACGCGUGCUGUGCCGUAGUUCAGAGCUGAGGGACCAAGAGGGCCAGCCGUUCCUGGCCGUGGACGCGGACUUGUGCAACCUGGCCAAGCGGACCACCGACUACGCCAUGUUGGUGACCAUGUUCGGCUGGUUCGCAAUGGUUAUCUCUUAUGUUGUGUACUAUGUACGGCAGAACCAGGAAGACGCGAGACGACACCUUGAGUACCUAAAAUCGCUUCCGAGCAAACCCAAGAAACCGGACGAACCGGAGGACAUCAGCACGGUUGUGUGACGUUACGAAGAUCGCACGAUCCCAGAGACUAAAGGCCCGUUCACACCAAUGAUGAUAACUAUAACGAUAACUAUAAGAGAAUGUGGAAGUUACCAUCACAGCUACAGUGACAACAGUAUAUUGUUGCUGUCAGAUGAUUAAUCGCGAUUAAUCGCAUUUAAAAUAAGAGUUUUUAUUUACAUAAUUUAUAUGUGUGUGUACUGUGAAUAUUAACAUACACUCACACACACAUACAGUAUAUAAGAUAUUUACAUGUAUUUACAUAUAUAUAAGUGCUGUCAAACGAUUCAUCGUGAUUAAUCAAAUCUGAAAUAAAAGUUUUUGGUUACAUAAUAUAUGUGUGUGUAUUAUGUAUUUAUGUAUAUAAAUACACACACACACUCACAUGAAUGUAUAUAUUUUGUAUGAUAUAAAUAAUAUGAAUACAAAUAUAUACAUGUAUGCAUUUUUUAUAUAUAUGCUGUAUGUGUGUGUAUUCAUAUAUACAUAAUAAAUAUACACAGUACGCACAUACAUUAUGCUAAUAAAAACUUUUAUUUUGGAUGCGAUUUAUAGCGAUUAAUCGUUUGACAGCACUAUUGCAAUUACUUUUAUAAAAAUGUUUCUAGGUGGUAAAUGCUAAAAACAUCUACAGGAAAUCAGAAUCCAUUUGACUUUAAAGACCUUGAGCAUUCAAAGCAGCAGUUGAUGAAACGACAGCGUUAUUGUCAGAACGUUAUUGUCUGUUGUUGUGGAUGCUAAUAUGGUUAUCAUAAUAGUUAUAGUUCUUGGCAUGAACGGGCCUUAAAUGGGGAUGUUGUUUAAUCUGAAAUGAAUUGUUAAUGUUGUCUAGCUAGCGCACUACACCUGUCUUCUCUUUUUCCAAUGUGCUCACCUGUUUCUGAGUAUGUAUUUAGAACAAUUUGUGAUACACUUCCAACCCUUUGUCCUUACAAGAGAGCAAGAGAGUCUUUUAAACACGAUGUCCAGGUGGCAUUAAAACAAUCGCAAAGUUGUCCUUUAAACGUGGUCCAAUCCCACCUUUAGAGCGAGAACUUGUCUUCAGGCACAUUGACACGAGUCAUUUUCUAUUUUAACUAGUCAAUCAGUACAGAUACAGAUCGUCAAUCAUUAAGCGUCGCUAAUGACCAGUACAGGUAUUUUGAGAAAUCAAAUCUCAGGUGCAAAUCUUGAUAGACUCCAAUGAUUUGUAAAACCCUACGAUGUUUUGAUGCUACCAAGUUUUGUAAGACAAACGAUCAUCCAGGCAUGUGUAGAUUAGCUACAAUUGCGAUUCAUUUUACGACCUUUAAAAGGCGUACCCUUCAUUAGCGAAGCGAUGGGACAUUUCUUCCAACAUUCUGAAACUAUUAUUAGGUUUUCGCAUUAAAACUCGUGCACAUUCAAUCGUGAAUCGUUGAGUCGUAGAGCACAGCAGUGCUGGUGUGGUGCUUGUCACGUGAUUCUCUGAACCGUAGUCGAGGAACGUAGUUGAUACCUCCAUCCGAAACUUUUGUCCGUAACGUUACUUGUGAGGCUCUUUGUUGAUGUCGUUACUCACCGUGCGUAAAAAGAGGCUCCCAAGCCCUGUGUUAGUCAUGUGUAAUCUAUGAGAUGGCCAGUGUAUUUUCAUAAACGUAAGAUUACAUCCCUGAAACCAAACUCUUGCUUAACAUUUGAUGUCCAGGAAAAAAAAUAUACAUCCUGGAUGAGGAACUUCAGCUUCCCCUUGCGCUGUGGCUGUAGGGCCAUUGACGCUCAUUGAUAUUAUUGUGUGUGUACAGUAAUUCGGGCCAGAAAAUUACAGCUGUCACUCUGUUACUGGCCCCAUUCUUAAUGAUGACUGCUGAGUCCAGCAAAGCAAAGCCCCAGGGAGAGAUAGAGGAUAGAAAGAUGGCAGAAGAAGAGAGGAAAUGGAAAACAGGAUGCUGGGAACAAGUUCAGGAAGAAAUCAGAGCCCUUAUGAAAACGGAUUGUGGUGGUACCAUGAUAUAGUAAGUUUCAGAUUGCUUUCAUGUAUCAUUGCAUUCAUUUGAUUCAAAGAUACUUUGGUAUUUCCAUGAUGUCCAAAAGCUGUUAUUACUGUGGUGGCGUCCAAAACAAAUGGUAUUAUGAUGGAUGCAACCAUAUACUUCUAUUAAAAAUUGGGGAAUCAAAUGUCAAAUUUAAAUUAAAACAUUGGUAUAUAUACACACACAUAUAUACAUAUAUACAUAUAUAUACACACACACACACACACACACACACACACAUAUAUAUAUAUAUAUAACUACUAUAUAUAUAUAACUACUGCCAGGUGGCGCAAAGGGACGGAUUGCGAAAUGAAUAUAUAUAUAUAUAUAUACAUAUACAUAUACAUAUAUAUAUAUAUAUAUAUAUAUAUAUUCAUAUUCAAGAGUGGGGGACUAAAUGUAAAGCAUUAAUCAUUGGAGAAAAUAAAAUGCUAAUCAGAAUUAAUUAUUACCAUGAGCACUAAUUGGAAAUACUGUGAUAGUUUCAAAAUCACAUGUAACCAUAUAGUCAAGAUUGGGUGACCCAUGUGGCAUUGAUUAUUGGGGUAAAAUCAUCAGAAUAUUGUUAGUACCAAAUCCACAAAUUGGAAAUACUGUGGUUGUUUUCUGAGUGGAAUGAGUAUUGUUUCUUUAUUGUAUGUUCAUCAUUGUGUAUCCAGUGAAGUGCUUUUUUAAAAAUAACUUUUAAACGGUAAUUAAAUUCCAAGGUCAGUGCCAUUAUAAUGACUUUAAAUCGGUUCAUCAGAAACAUUAGGAGAACUUUAGAAGAACAUUAGGAGAACCUGACUUUACUGUAGAUAAAGAGCUUGCUGUUUGAAUAGGAAGGUACCUGAAAUCCCUUUAAAGAAUUGUGUCUGAAUGUACUUAUGUAGUCUUUUGCCAUGUCUAACUGCGGUUGUUCUACACGCUGUAUUGUGCUGGGAAAGAAAGCCGUUUCUCAAUGCAGACUCCACAGUGAAGCAUGCUGUAGCCAAGGACACGGGGGAGAGAUUUUCUAAGUGCCUGAAAUACUCGUCUAUAUGUCUCUCAUUCUUCCAGCUACUGAUAACUUUUGCUUUGAAAUGUUUUGUUCGGUCUCGCCUAACUCGAAUCUACUAGGCCUCAAAUGGAAUACGUAUUUACUGCACAAAGAUAUGAGGAAAAACUAAUUAAGUUAGCAACUUACUGAAGGACUUUUAGAGUGAAAUUGUUACAUGAUGUUGUUCUUCCUGUUUUCUCGAGGCCUUUUCACAUGAUUCGUGUCACGGCUUCAAUGCUGCGUGAAGUUUUGGAUUCCGCGUGAAAAGCAUGGCAGAUUGUGUCUAAAGGGUGAUUUGACAAGGUUACAAAAAGUUUGAAAAUAGUGAAAAUAUAUUUGUAAUAAAACCUAAAGUCCUGCUGUUUGCUUAUACUUUGGAGAAACAAAACAAAGACACAUCUAACUUUUUCUCUGAAUGACAUGAAAUGCAUUUGACGUUCCAGAACCAGAUAUGCACAUCAGUCUAUCUUGCAUCUUGUUUUGAUUUUCAAAUUGGAUGCAUGUCUUUGGGAAAUGGUUGGUUGUUGUUUAGAAGGGUCCAAAUCAAAUGGUAAGAUUGCUUGACCACAAAAUGUACAAGGUUAACCUUCUUUAGCAUGUAAAUGUGAGGUUUUGUCCAAACCAAAGCAAGUUUCUCAACAUUUCUUGAAUAGUUGGUUUCUGCACUGUAUUUUUGCAUCAGAUUAACAUCAAAUAUGAUCUAUAAUGCUUGUGAUUGUGUCCCAUUGCACAGCAUUUUUGGCCAACUUACUGUUGGAAACGUAUUGCUAGUGCUCAGGACGUGGUUUAACACUGUAGUUUGAUGCUUCGUCGCAUUGUUUUUGAUGCAUUGGGGAACCAAACGCGAAUCAUGUGAAAGGGCUUUCAUUGGAAAAAAGUAGAGGAGAGUUGCGGCAUGUGUUUCUUACUUUGUUAUUAACGUGUAUUUUUUUUAAGGUAAUUCAUCUUUGUAUAAUUUAGUUCAUUUAUUUUUUGCCUUUUGUAUACAUGAAACUGACUUCUGCUAAAAAAAAAAAUGCAUACCUUGAAGACGUAAAACUGGAGGAGGACCAAUGGUACAUCUCAUUGUAAAUGCAUGAUGUAGAGAAAAUGAAAUAAAAGAUUAAUUUACACUGUU